AUGAAAGAGGACUCCCAGAUGAAGUCUACAGAACAAAUGAAGAAAGUACCAACCAUUGUCCUGUCUGUCUCUUACAAGGGAGUCAAAUUUAUUGAUGCAACAAAUAAGAAUAUUAUUGCUGAACAUGAAAUCCGUAACAUUUCCUGUGCUGCACAAGACCCUGAAGACCUUUCUACAUUUGCAUACAUCACUAAAGACUUGAAGACUAAUCACCACUACUGCCAUGUAUUCACUGCGUUUGAUGUGAAUUUAGCUUAUGAAAUCAUUCUUACACUAGGACAAGCAUUUGAGGUGGCCUAUCAGCUUGCACUACAGGCACGAAAAGGGGGCCAUUCUUCAACCCUCCCAGAAAGCUUUGAAAAUAAACCCUCCAAACCUAUUCCCAAACCACGUGUUAGUAUUCGGAAGUCAGUGCAGAUAGAUCCAUCUGAACAAAAGACUCUUGCGAAUCUACCGUGGAUUGUUGAACCUGGACAAGAAGCCAAAAGAGGCAUUAAUACCAAGUAUGAAACUACAAUUUUCUGAUACAAACUGUCCCCCUGUUCCUUGUUGUGCCUUGCACGCCAAGCAGUCACAGCACAGCCUUUCCUUUAUGGCAACAUUUCAAUCCAGCAGAGAGGAAGACUGCACUGUAUGAGUGGCCUUGUAACUAACAAAAAAGGCUGACAGUUAUUUCUGGUGAUGUUCUUCUUCCUGCAGCACUGACAGAAGAAUGACACUACAUGAAGACUUUUAAAAUUACAGUCCACAAGAGGAGUGAGAAACCUUAUUUUUCACGCAGUUCUCCCUUGUGACUCUGCCACAGUGCUUUCUUUGAUUUCUUAUUUUAGAAUUCUGCUUUUAAAAAAAAAAAGUCUCUAAACUAACAUUAAUGCUGCCUAUGAGUAGACUAUUUGAUUGGUUUUUUAUUUAAAUCUUGGCAGUUUUUAAUUGAAAUAGAACCAGAAUUAAUAGAGUAUUUGUGAAACCACUGAAUUCAUUAAUAAUUACUGUGUUGAAUAAAGAACUCAUUAAAGUGACAAGAAAUUAGGCACCCUGAUUUCUGUGUGCGCUGGUUUUAUAUGUAAUCAUUGGUGUCCUUUGAUCCUCUGCAGAAACAGGAACCUCUUACAUUGUAACUAAGGAUCAGAGUUUUAUUAAUGGCUAGAAAAAGGUAUUAAUAAUGCACAGAAGACAUUUAUGAGAUAUUUUUAUGGAAGAGAAGUACUAUAGGAAAACAUAUUAAUAUUUAUGGAAGUCAGAUAAUUAUGAAAAAUAUUGUUUAUUUUAAAGAUAAGGAAACCACUGCUAAUGCAGCAUUGUGAAAAUUAUAAGAGUUGUAGCAUCAGUGCACUGGAUGUUCCCUGUAAUCAGACUGGAAUGGUCAUUCUACUGCACCUACAUAUAGCUUAUGCAGUUCAACAUUGCCGUAGCCAUGAAUUUGACUAGUAUUUUUUUAAAAUAAUCUCAGUGGUUCUAAAAAACAUCAAAAACUUGGGUUUUGCUAUCAAGAUUUCUGUCACAGAAAGCUUACUUGUAUUGAUAAAAAUCUACUGCAAAACAUUUUCUAAAUAAAAA